UGCAAUUGUUGUUUCGAGUGCUUUAACUCUUCUUCUGCACAAGCUGAGACUUCUCUCAUAUUCAAAAACUAUCGAUCGAGCUCCUUGAAGAUUUACAAUGGGCAGAGAAGCUCUUAGAUAUGCCGCAAAGGUCGACUUGAACAGGCCAGCAGCCGACCAAGAGGUUCUCCACAAUCGCUGGCACCCAGAUAUACCCUCUAUCAGUACAAUCAAGAACAACGAAGUCGUCAAGAUCGAAUGCGUAGACUGGACCGGCGGACAGAUUGGCAACAAUGACAGCGCUGAUGACAUGCGCGACGUCGACCUCACCAAGAUCCACUACCUCACUGGCCCUUUCGAUAUAGAGACGGCAGAGCCGGGUGAUGUCUUGGUGCUUGAGAUUCAAGAUGUCCAACCAUUGGAUGAGCAGCCCUGGGGGUUCACCGGUGUCUUUUCCAAGGACAAUGGUGGAGGAUUCUUGGAUGAGAUCUACCCUGAACCAGCAAAAGCCAUCUGGGACUUCGAAGGCAUCUUCUGCUCCUCGCGCCACAUCCCAGGCGUCCGUUUCGCCGGGCUGAUUCACCCUGGCAUCCUAGGCUGCGCGCCCUCAGCCGAAAUUCUGGCGACUUGGAACAAGCGCGAGGGCGAGUUGAUCGAAGCCUGCGCGCACACGCACUCGCGUGUCGUCGCCGAGCCUCCACAGCCUAAGAAUGUGCAUGCUGGGUCCGCAGAUGCAUCGUUGAAAGAGAAGGUCGGCAAGGAGGGCGCGAGAACGAUCCCUGGCCGUCCUGAGCAUGGCGGAAACUGCGAUAUCAAGAACCUUUCCAGGGGCUCGAAGGUAUUUCUCCCGGUGCAUGUCAAGGGUGCAAAGUUCAGCGUCGGAGACCUUCAUUUUUCGCAAGGAGAUGGAGAAAUUUCGUUCUGUGGCGCGAUUGAGAUGGCGGGUGUCAUUACUAUCAAGUUCUCCGUUAUGAAGGGUGGUAUCAAGCAGCUGGACAUGAAGAGCCCGAUCUACAUCCCAGGACCUGUGGAGCCGCAAUUCGGACCUGGGAGGUACAUCUACUUCGAGGGAUUUUCGGUAGACGAGCAUGGCAAGCAGCAUUACCUCGACACUACCGUGGCUUACCGUCAGACGAGCUUGCGAGUGAUCGAGUAUCUGAGGCGGUAUGGCUACAAUGACUACCAGAUCUACCUCUUGCUCUCUUGUGCCCCAGUUCAAGGCCACGUCGCAGGUAUUGUAGACAUUCCCAACUCGUGUACGACUAUGGGACUGCCGAUGGAUAUCUUCGACUUCGAUAUCUCCCCGCAUAUCCCGGCCGAGAAGCGGGAUCUGGGAAGCUGCGCAUUUGCCAGCAAGUAAGUUGGACGCCUGGAAAGAUGGGCUGUUGCGUCUGCUGUGGAACAAUGCAAAUUACUCUCAUUUGUGGUGUAUGCAUAGGUACUGCCAUAUUGAAGCUACUCCGUCGUUGCAAUUCUGUACUUGAUGGGCGCCCGGACUCAUUGUCCGUGCUGCCAAAGACGAAAGACGUUUACCCGUGUGGUACCGAAGAAGGAA